AUGGCUACCGCGGACAGCAGCAAGCCACUCGCCUUUUCCGUGUACAAGAACGCGCCCAAGGAGUUCAAGCCUAAGCUCCUGGCGGAACCCAACGUGUUCCUGCAGGACAUCUUCAGCUCAGAGAAGGUCAACCCGGACAAGCCAAUGUCGUCUGGCAUCUUCCGCCUCGACAAGGGCAAGGAGCUCGAGUACCUGUACACGUACGACGAGAUGAAGAUCAUCCUCGAGGGCGAGUUCACCAUAAGUGACGAGACGGGCCAGACGACCAAGGCCGUCCCGGGAGACCACUUCUUCUUUCCCAGCGGGAGUAAGAUCACCUUCACCACUGAGGAUUAUGGGCUGGCUCUGUAUGUUGGGCAGAGGAACAAAGAUUAUGCUUGA